AUGGCCUUGAGGCAACACAACGAAAUGAUUGCCAACGUGGUCCGGCAACUCUGCCGUGGAGCCACGACCAAACGAGUGCCACUCAGCAGUCGCUCGGGAGAUCGAAGUCCAAAUACUGCGAGAGGUUUCGGCUCUGGAUCUCAAGUAUCUGUGCUGUCAGAGGUAAACACCACCUUGGCCUCUCGAGUGCCUUUGGAUCGCCUGCGAGCCAGCGCCAUCAGGUCAAAGAUGUUGAGCUGCAUCCGAUUUGAAGCCCUGCUCAACACCGAUGGCGACCCCGACUGCCCGUGGCCCAUACAGGAUCCCUAUCGCCGCUAUGGUGCGGAGCAUUUCGCCAAGGAUGGGGCCAUCAUUUGGUUCGAACCGCUCCCACCGAUGCUUCCAAUUUUGGAUGCGAAUCCCAAGUUGCCACCCUCAAAGAUGCCAGAUGCAUAUUCCCUGGUCCUGGACCUUGAUGAGACCUUGGUACAUUACUCGGAGCACGAUGGGAUGGGCAGCUAUGAGAUUAGGCCGGGCAUGCAAGAAUUCAUCCAAAGAAUGCACGCCCACGGCUAUGAGCUCAUCAUCUUCACAGCUGCUACACAGGACUAUGCUGAUUGGGUCAUUGACCAGAUUGAUCCAGAUCGUUUAAUUCAUCACCGUCUCUACCGACAGCACGCCCUACCUUGGGGUCCCAUCUUCGUGAAAGAUCUCAGCCGCAUGGGACGCGACCUGGACCCUGCGGUGAGUCGGUGA